GCUGGAGAUAGCGACAUCGUCACGAACACACCCAGAACACUGAGGACACCCGGGACCCUUGCCUUAGCAGCCGAUUCUUUGUCCGAGCUCUCCAGGACCAUAAGGAACAGAACGACUCUAGAAACGGCGACCAUCUUCUUAGAAGGGAAGCAAUGGACAAGGCUGAACGAGAAAUCAUGUUCAUGCGGCUGCAUCAAUUUUGGCUCUUUGCAUUCAAGACGGUAAGAUACGGGGGGGUGGGACCACACGUGUGGACUGCGAGCCUUCUCGGCUCUGACAAAGAUACUAAACAAAGCAAAACUACAAUGGUCGUCUGGCCAAUGUCCUGGUGGCAAGACAGCCUUAUUGAGCAGCUCCUCAGCGGGCUGUCGCGCAAUGUCUUGAGUUCUAUUGAUGCCACCGACAUUCCCAUUACGCUCACUCGACUCUUGGAAAACUCCAAUAUCUCCACUGAUCAACUUCUCGUGGAAUGUGUAGCUUUCAGUGUCGCAACCCCAAGUUAG